UCGGGGGGUCGUAAGAUUAUGUGCUCAGAUAAAGAGAUACGUGAAGAAAGUGACAUCAGUAAACACAGGUGCUGGGAGAGUCGGAGACAGAAACUCGGGGAGGGAGGGAUCCUAACGAUAUUGUGUCUUAGAGUCGAGGGGAGAAUCCACAAAGUCCUGACAGUGACCAUUUUGCUUCGUCCCUGCAUGCCCACAUUCCUGGGAACCUGUGGCAGAGAGAUUUGUGAAAGGUCAUAUGCCAGGCUCUGGGUCCUAUGGAACCCACCUCGGGGGCUUCUAGAGUCCUUGAGGAACCAACAGGAGGCUGUUCCAGCUCGGGACUUCAGACACAGUCUACUAUCAUGCAAGGGACAACUAAGGAGGCUAGAAAUAUUCAAGCUUUCCUUUAAGAUCGCAUCCCCACGAUCAUGAAUAAUAGGAAUUCUUGUUCAGUGAACCUCAGGAAAACUGAGCAUAGCCCAGAGAAGACAUGUAAGGCCUUCCAGGAUAUUUCCAAAUACUUCUCUAAGGAAGAGUGGGCAAAGCUGAGCUAUUCAGAGAAAAUCACAUAUGUGUAUAUGAAAAGAAACUACACAACCAUGACAAGUCUAGGCCUCAAAGCCCAUCUCCCAGAUUUCAUGGAACCCAAGGAAGAGGCCACAAAAUCUGUGCUCAGUGAUUCUGAUGAAGGUUGUGGCCAUGAGAGUCAAGAACACAAUGAAAGGAAGUUGAGCAUAUGGAGUCACAGGUUAAGGGAACGGAAGAAGCCAGUGAUAUAUGAAGAGAUCAGUGACCCGGAAGAAGAGGAUGAAGAUGAAAAAGAGGAAGGCUGGACCUACAGGAGAAAUAAGCCCAUGAUUUGAAGAACAUGGUGGGCAUCAGGAUUAUGAGUAAAACUGUGAAAUCCUAAACAUCAAAAACAAAAAUUUUCAGCAGUGAAAUUUAAGCAUCAUUUUACUUUUUACAUGCCAAGAACUGUUUUGAAAAUUGGUCCUACCAUGUGUCAAAUGUUGGCAUUGAUCUUUUUGUGUAUCCCUCUUAUAGCACUGAUUUAUUGUUUUUACUCUGUAAGCAACGUAUAGGACCUCUCUUAACCUCAUUUACUGUAUGUAUAGGACAUCUCUUAACCUCUUUUACUGUAUUAAGCACUGUCACAGAACUCUAUACACAAGACUCUUACCACAUGCCCUCUAUAAGCAUUGUUCUUAUUUUUUGUGAACCAUCCUCACAGCACUGCUGUUACAAGAUACCUAUAACCCUGUGAUCUUUGUUUUAACUGUGAUAAACACUCUGUAAGAUGUUAAUUUCCUAUUGAGAAAUAAAAAUUAACAAUCUGCA